AUGUCACAACAACUUCCUACACAUGGAUUCAGUUGGAUGAGAAAUAUUACAAAAGAAAAAGUAAUGGAUAUUUUAGAUAAAGCAAAUCAUAGUAUGUCAAAUCGUGGGAGAAAAGGAUAUAUAUUUGAAGUAGAUUUGGAAUAUCCUAAAAAGCUAUGGAAAUCACAUAAUGGCUAUCCUCUAGUACCUGAAAAGAUGAUUGUUAAUGGUGUUGAAAAACUUAUAUGUCAUUUUAAACCCCGAAAAAACUAUGUUGUACAUUAUCGUAAUCUUAGACAAUAUCUUGAGAUGGGAAUGAGGCUUACUGCUGUUCACAGAGGAAUAUCAUUUUAUCAAAGUUCUUGGAUGGAACCUUACAUAAGAAAAAACACAGAACUUCGAAAAACAGCAGCUAACAGUUUUGAGAAAGACUUUUUCAAAUUGAUGAAUAAUUCAGAAUUUGGAAAAACAAUAGAAAACAUAAGGAAAAGACAGAAUAUAAUUCUUAUUGAUGAUCGUAAAAAAGCUGUAAAAUUAACAAGUAGACCAAACUUUGAUAGAGCAACAAUAUUUGAUCGUAAUCUUAUUGCAGUUCAUAUGAAGCGUACAGAAGUGUAUUUUAACAAACCAGUAUAUGUUGGUCAAGCAAUUCUAGAUUUAUCAAAAACAUUAAUGUUUGAUUUUCAUUACAAUUAUAUCAAAAAGAAAUACAAAAACAAAGCUGAGUUAAUGUUUACAGAUACUGACUCACUUUUAUACCAAAUUCAUACAGAUGAUUUUUAUCGCGAUAUAUCCUGUGAUAUAUUAGAGAAGUUUGACACAUCUGAUUAUCCUCCAGAUCAUGAAUCUGGAAUACCAACAGGAGUUAACAAAAAAGUAAUAGGGAUGUUUAAAGAUGAAAUAGCUGGUAGACAGAUUACAAAAUUUGUUGGCCUUCGUCCAAAACUUUAUACUUUCAAGAUAGAGGAUGGAAGUUUAACCAAGAAGUGUAAAAGUGUAAAGAAGAAUGUUGUAAAAAAGGGAAUAGAAUUUGAAAAUUAUGUUGAGUGUUUAUUUACUGGUGAAAAGCAAAUGAGAACUAUGAAAAUUAUAAGAAGUGAAAAUCAUGACAUUUACUCAAAGGAAGUAAAUAAAAUAGCUUUGAGUAAUGAAGAUGAUAAAAGAAAGGUCUUAGAGGAUAAAGUAGAAACUCUUGCUUUAAGAUAAUAAGAUAUAAAUAAUAAAUGACAUAUACAGAAGAUCAAAUAAAAAAAUAUCUAGAAAUAUUACAUAAUUAUAAUAAAAAACCAGUGGAUGUGAGUAGAAAAUUUAGAUGUAGAAAUUGUCAAAGUGAUAGUUUCUUAGUUGAAUCUGGUUAUAACAUUUGCGAUUCCUGUGGGAUAACUAAUGGUCAUGUUCUUGGUUAUUUUGACUUGAAAGAAUACGAUCGAUUUCAUUUUCGAAAGAAGAGUAUUUAUCAGAGAAAGUAUCACUAUGAAAAAAAGGUUGAUCAAGUUUCAAGAAGACUACAUCUAACUGAGGAUGAAAAGUAUAAAUUAUAUAGUAAACUAAUGGCAAUAGACAAUCAUGUCAUGGAAAUACUAAACAAAAAAUACUCUAGAAAGAGAAUGAUAAGUAUUUUUUAUUUAAUCAAAAAACUUUUGGAAGAGAUGGGUUGUGAAAAGUACAAACUAGUUUAUCUUAAGAUUUCUCCUCAAACUAUGGAGAAUUAUGAAAAGUGGUGGGAUAGUUUAAACAAUUUAGAAUAUGGUUGA